UCACGAUGACGCAGGACGUCUUCGCCAUACCGUCAGUUGGCGUAUGAUAACAAUAAACAAGCCCCGAAAGAAGAGAAAGACAUCAACCACCAUGAGCUGUCUCACCGUUUCGCCCCAAAACGCUUGGACAAUAUGAUUGAACACAGCGACGGACCGGCGGCCUAGCGAGCGAGUCGUCGUCUUGGGGAAAUCUCGUCGCGUACAAAAGAAAGCUUUUUUUUGACUCGAGUUUUUCUGUAUGUCUAGCCUGGGAGAAGCGGAGUUACGGUUUGCCCCUUCCGUAGCCCCCUACAGCUAGCCGUGGCUCAUUCCUCCUUCUGCUCCCUCUCGUGUUCGCCUGUUAUGCAGUUUCCCGAGGACUGCGGUCGUAGUCGUUCACCUCCGCCGCCUCUUGUAGCUCCCUGUCCCCCGCUCUCGUUGGGCCCAUGUCUCGCUGGCUCUUCCCCUGGUCGGGCUCCAUCAAGAAGCGGGCCUGUCGGUACCUUCUACAGCACUACCUCGGCCACUUUUUGCAGGAGCGUUUGAGCUUGGAGCAACUGGGCUUGGACCUGUACAAUGGCAGCGGGGUCAUUAAGGAGAUCAACCUCGACGUGUGGGCUGUCAACGAGCUUUUGGAGUCCCUGGGCGCUCCCUUGGAGAUAGUGGACGGCUUUGUGAGCAGCAUUACAGUGACCAUUCCCUGGCAAGCUCUGCUCACUGACCAUUGCACAGUGGAAGUGACAGGUCUCCAGAUAACAUGCAGACCCAAGUACCGAAUAGCAGGCGGCGGCUGGGACUCCCAAAGCUGGUCAUCCAGCAUGACCUCCAGCAUGCAGCUGGCCCAGGAGUGCCUGAAGGACCCCCCGGAGGCGUCCGAGGAACCGCCGGCCCCACUAGAAGGGCUGGAGAUGUUUGCACAAACAAUAGAGACGGUCCUGCGUCGUAUUAAGGUCACCCUCCUGGACACGAUCGUACGCAUCGAGCACCAGCCCCCAGACCUGCAAACAGGCGUUGCCUUAGAGGUGCACAUCAAACGGUUGGAGUACUUCGAUGAGGCAGUGCGCGACCCAUCCAGCCAGACUGUCUUGCCUGUCGAUAUCCACCAACCACCCGCCUUCCUGCACAAGAUUCUCCAGCUGAGUGUUGUUCAGCUCUUUUAUGACAGCAUGGGAACGGAGCAGGAAAUUCCUGAGGAGAAACGAGCAGAGUCUGCAACUGCCAGCGAGGAUGAUGAAGGGGAGGAGGAGGAGGAAAGUGACAAUGAUGAGCAAGAGGAAGAAAAGGGGAAGCCCCUUGAGCUUGUCCCCCCGUCUCAGCCUCUGCUCAUUGGAAGCUGCUCCGGUUUCAUUGAGACCACCGUCAAGAUUAAACAGAACGAUAUGCUACCUGGACCAAAGUUUGAGUUGGAUGGGAAGGUGGGCUGCGUCCACAUGCUGUUGUCUCCGGCUCAGAUUACUCACCUGACUGACCUGCUGGCAGCUCUUUGUAUAGAAACAGAAUCUGAGACCAAGCACAGUGGCGCGCGCAGCCGGCCACUAGACUCGGACGACCUGCGUAUGAUCGAAGAAGACCUAAGCAAGCAGCUGGGUUCCAGUCCUCGAGAAAACGAGUGGGAUGCCGAGUGCGACCUGGAGCCUUACGUCACCACUCUGGAAAACGGAGAAAUGUUCUAUUCAAUGGGCCCCAGCGGGAUGAGCAGCAGUGUGACGUCGGUACGCUCAGGUAGCGAGCUGUCAGACAGCGAUAUGGAAUCGUCAACACACAGUCUGGCCAGCCUCACUCAGCCUGGAGCGCUGGCUGCACAGGGCCUCGUGAGCUGUCCCAGACGUUACCCAGUAGCAGGUUGCCUCUCCAGUCUCCCACAGGCCAACCAACGAAUGAGAGGCCGCUCUCAAAGCGGCAACAUGGACCAGCUGAAGCCAGACGCGUUGCUGCGUCUGACUCUGGGCGGCCUUACCCUAACCAUGCUGCAAGAGGACCCGCCCGCCCCCUCGUUAGUUCAUGUGUCUCGGGUGUUCUUCCGAGAGCUCGCCUCCUUUAAGGACGGCAUGUUCAGCGAGAGAGACUUUCACCACCUGAGAGGCGGGUUUGCCAAGGCCUGCCCUCACUCGCAUCUCAGAGUGACGGGAGCAGCGGUGCAGCUUUCCUGUGAAAUGCGCAGCGGGAGACGUCGCAGCCGGGCGGUGACCUCCGACGUCUCCUUCAGCCGACUAGAAAUGUUGGAAUGUCUCUGGGAGAACGGCAGACCUCAGUACAGCGAGUUGCUCCAAUUCCAGAAGGCUAGCAUGUUUACUGUGGGAGUUGCUGCCAAACCCUGUGCCCAGUUACACUACAGCCUCAGUGAGAAGCACCUGAGGAAGGGGAAGCAGCGGGUGAUUCGGCGUGAGAGCGUCGUGCGAGUGGAGCUGGAAGAUCUUAGCACCGAGUUAGACCUGGAUAUCCUCACUCGGCUGGGGAACCUGAGCAAGGCCUUCAGCCACUGCCCCGCAGAGCCUACUGGACCUGACAAUCUCCAGACGCAGAGCACCGAGCUGUACUCCUCAUUCUCCCUCCUCGCACCGCACGCCAUCCUCAGGCUUCGUUUCCCCAUUCCGGACUUGCGACCUCCAUCUGAGCGUCAGCCCCCCCUAAGCCAAAGGGAGGUGAGAGAGGAGACGCUGGUUUUGGAACUGACCGAGCUGGAGCUCAGGCACCAAGAAGCGCCGGACCUCCAGUGCGGGCAGCCCUGCCAGGGCCAGCUUUCGGCCCCCUGCCUCACACAGCUGCUGGAAGCUUCGUUUGCAGAUCUGCACGGGUCGUAUGAAGGCUGGGAAGGCGGCUCCUUCCCCUGCAUUAGAGUGAAAAAAAGCCCUGACUCUCUGCCCAGGUUAUCAAUACGAGUGCGUGGAGGUGAGACACAGGACCCUGCCGCGGGUCUGUCCGGCUUGAACCUGGGUGUAGCCCGAGACCUUGGGGCAGCCUUCUUUGAAAGCCACUGUGAGCUCAACGACAAAACAAGUUCGCCGUUCUCCUCCAACCGAACCAUGUUUGAGACCGAGGAGAUGGUGAUCCCCGCCGACCCCGAAGAGAUGCGUCAGUUUCAGGCCCAGUGCGUGGCUCAGUGUCAGUGUGCUGUGGAUAUUAAGUUCCCACUAGCCUACAUCCUUCUUCCCAGCAAGCAGGCUUUCCAAAGCAUCUACAACAGGAUCAAUAAUGACCUGUUGAUGUGGGAGCCACCUCCCCCUGCAACCCCAUCAGCAAACAGCCCCAUGCACUCUCGCCAACAGCACGAUGAGUUCCAACUCUGCAAGUCGGCCUUUCGACUCGAUUCCGAUUCGGAGGAAGACGAGCCUCAGUUUUACUUGGCUGAUGAACCAUCAAGAAGGACAAAGUCGGCACUCAGGCACAAUGCUGACCACAACCUGAGCCUCCUUUCCCUUACUGUUGUCAUUGAUAAAGGUCGCCUUCAAGCCAUGACAGACAAAAAGGAGGACCAGACUCAUGGAGAAAUUGUGCUUGACCUGGAAGGAGGGAAGAUAUUCAGUGUAGCACAGCACCAGAAUGACCCACAUCUCAGUUACUUGUGUCUGGAAAGUCAACGAGUAGAGCUGCACCAUAAAGCUGUAGUGAAAAACACAGCUAUUCCGCCACGGUUAGAAAUGCCAAACUUCACUUCUCCUAAGUACUUGGACCCCACCAUCUACCCCACCGAGGUGGGAGUCAGCAGCCUAAGCGGCAGGGAGGCAGAACCACAGAUGUUGUCCACAGCUAUUAAAAUUACUCUAGACCCACAAAGGAACGUCAAGGAAUUCCUCGUCGCACUUCGACUACAGGGUGCCACCAUGCGGCAUUAUGUGACCCAGACCAAUCACAGCUGGCACGAGCAGCUGCUAGACUUCCUGGAUGUCAUUGACGACCCCAUUCUGGGAUACACUGCACCCGCCGUCAUCACCAUCCUUCACACGCAUUUGGCUACAUGUGCCGUCGAUUACAGGCCGCUGUAUCUGCCACUUCGAAUGUUGCUGACGGCAGAGUCUUUCUCCCUGUCCAGUAAUAUCAUUGUAGACACAGCCACCUUCCACCUCAGAUUCAUCCUGGAUGACUCUGCCCUCUACCUCUCGGACAAAUGUGAUAGCGACGUUGUGGAUCUGAGGAGGGACUAUAUUUGUGUUUUGGACAUUGACCUCCUGGAGCUCGCCAUCACCACAUGGAAAGGCAGCACAGAAGGAAAGCUGACCCAGCCUUUGUUUGAGCUCCGCUGCUCCAACAACGUGGUCCACGUCCACGCGUGUGCCGAUUCCUGCGCCGCCCUGGUCAAUGUGCUGCAGUACCUCGUGUCCCAGGGUGACCUGCACCCGCCUCCUCGACACACCUCGCCCACCGAAAUAGCUGGCCAGAAGCUACCACUGUCUGAGACCCCCGCCUCUGUGCUGCCCUGCCAUGCUGCUGAAACCGCCGAGAUCAACCAGUGUGAUCUGACUGAUGCCUUAAUAGACACCGAAAAGAGCCACCAGGACGAAAGGAUAAAUCCAGGCUCACCAUCCAUGCAGAGAGGCUCGCCCGUCUCGCCCUACCUGUUCCCUGGCGAAGCCCCCGAGCGCGACCUCUCUGUGCUGGAAGAGGAGGAUGACUCCGAGCUGGACGGGCUGGUCGCUACAGCAACAGAAGCGCAGGCAGACAUGAUGAUGGAUGAGGAAAGCUCCGAAGGCUCUACUGACAACGAUGACUUCUGCAUCCUGGAAGCUCCUGGCAUUGGCAUUCCUCCAAGAGACGGGGAACCCGUGGUAACUGUCUUGGCUGAGGGUCCCAUUCACAUAAAGGAUAGCCACUUCUCCAGGCCGCGAGGAAGCUCCGACCUUCUCCGGGCUCCCAGUCGCUUUCCUGUGCCCCAAAGCCGAGUGGUGCUGAGAGAGAUCUCUGUGGUGUGGCAUCUUUAUGGCGGCAAAGACUUUGGCACUAAGCCCUCAUCUAUACACAGCCAACAUGCAAAUAGGGGGCGUUCCGUCCCAUCUGGCGCUCGAAGCUCGCCGUCCCGCUCCACGGGUUCCUCUCGUCCUCAGAACUCGUGGAGGUGGGCGGGAGGCAGCGGACGUCAGCACGGCCUUCUCAUGGAGAUCCAACUCACCAAGGUGUCCUUCCAGCACGAGUCCUAUCCGGUGGCGGUGGUGGGACAAGACGGGGACAGCUCUGCGUCCAUCGGGGUCGGUCCGGGAGGGGAGCAGCCCAUCUCCAGGCAGGUUUUUAUCGUCCAGGAGUUGGAGGUCCGUGACCGCCUGGCCUCCUCGCAAAUCAACAAGUUCCUGUAUCUCUACACCAGCGAAAGCAUGCCAAGGAGAGCCCACUCUAACAUGUUAACCAUAAAAGCCCUGCAGGUGUAUCCUGAGUCCGGUCUUGGUGGACCAGAGUGUUGCCUUCGAGUCAGCCUGCUGCCACUCAGACUAAAUAUUGAUCAGGAUGCAUUGUUCUUUUUGAAGGACUUUUUCAGCAAUCUAGCCUGUUCUGUGAACCCUUACCUUCCUGUGGACCCUGCAACUGAAGUGAAAGCAGACCCCUCCCACAAAGGGUCGGAAGAGGCGGAGGUAGGCGGCGCUCUGGGACAGGAUCUUUCGGCUUCAGUCGAAACAACUCACAGCGAGCAGAGCUCCUCCUCAGCCGGCUCGACUUCCUCGUCGGAGCAGCCCAUCUACUUCCGUGAAUUUCGUUUCACCUCUGAAGUGCCUAUCUGGCUGGACUAUCACGGCAAACACGUGGUCAUCGAACAGGGAACCUUUGCAGGGAUUCUGAUCGGUCUAGCUCAGUUGAAUUGUUCCGAGCUCAAGCUGAAGAGGCUCUGCUGUCGACACGGCCUGCUUGGCGUCGACAAAGUGAUCCAGUACGCCGUCACAGAGUGGCUGACCGACAUCAGGAAGAAUCAACUGCCGGGCAUUCUAGGAGGUGUUGGACCCAUGCACUCCGUUGUCCAGCUGUUCCAUGGGGUCAGAGAUCUAUUUUGGUUACCUAUUGAGCAGUAUAGGAAAGACGGGCGGAUUAUUCGGGGUCUCCAGAGAGGGGCCGCGUCCUUCGGCACUUCCACGGCAUCGGCCGCGCUGGAGCUCAGCAACAGGCUUGUGCAGGCGAUUCAGGCUACCGCCGAGACUGUGUACGACAUCCUGUCUCCGACGCCUCCCUUGACCCGCUACGCCAUCACCGAGGGCCGGGCCCCUUCCAGCCGGCCGCGGCGCGCCGCCCAGCCCGCGGACCUCCGAGAGGGAGUUGCAAAGGCGUACGACACUGUCAGAGAGGGAGUGAUUGAUACAGCUCAGACCCUUUGCGAUGUAGCGUCCCGCGGGCACGAGCAGAAAGGUCUUCCCGGCGCGGUGGGCGGAGUCCUGCGGCAGAUUCCACCCACUGUGGUGCGCCCCCUCAUAGUCGCCUCGGAAGCCACAUCCAAUCUGCUGGGCGGGAUGCGCAACCAGAUCAAACCGGAUGCCAGGAAGGAGGACUUCUUGAAGUGGCGCACGGAGGACUGCCAAGAAUGACCAUGGCGUGCGUGUGUGGCUCCUGGAUUCAAAUUUGUUGUUUUGUUUUGUUUUUUUGCAUAUGUGACUGUAUACUAACAAACGUUAGUCUGAUUCAAUGCAAAAAGAAAACGCCAAACGCAAUGACUAACAGCUACUGUGACGGCCAGUGUUGUGCAUUGUGGGUUACAUCAUUGAUUCGCAAAUGCAGCAGGAACUCUGUGAGUUUCAAGUCCCCUCAGUAUUGCGCUCACUGACUGGUUUAGCGUGCAAACAUAUCGUCAUUGUUGUCCCCUCCUUUUGUUUUCUAGUUCAGUGGCAUUUCAGGCAGUCGCCCAGCUUCAAAGUGCGCGUGGAGAUUACAUGUCGCCUCCAGAUUUUGCUUUUUGUUUCUGCUUUGACAUUGUGUGCCAUAAAAUGAGCAGUGUCCCUUUUUUUUUUUUUUUUUUAAUGACACAAACCCGUGUUGCCUUGUUCAUUUCUGCUCCCCUAGAAACUUAAAAGCUCAUCAUUAAUUUGCCUGACUGAAUAGAAACACUUGAAGCCUCUAAGUGUAGUUGUAAACUUCACAAACACACCCCAACAGCUCAGUUGUGUUGUGAUGUCAUCCUGUGGUUCUUCCACUUUUAUCACAUAUUGUUUUCAGAGAGAUUUGGACACAACAAAGUUGGGAUCUUUUUCCUGUUCCUUGUUUUUAGUUGCCUUUCUGUGUCAUGUUUUUUUUUUUUUCUCCAUUGAAGUUUCUGUGUGUUGUAAACUAAGCAAUGAUGGGAUGUGAAUGUAGUAACCACGGAGGAUUUGGAGAUUGUGGUUCUGAAAAAAAAAAAAAAAGUUUUACAUUUUUUAUGUUUUUGUUAUGUACCUGAUUUUGUGUGGAUGUUUGCUGUUUGAGAGAAAGAGUGACAGACCGGGUGUGCUUGUGUGCGCGCCUGAUGCAUGUCUGUGAGGUUGGUUGGCUUGUAAUUGCUAUUUACGAUAUCAUCAGUUGUAUGAAUGCCCUGUAUAGUACAAAACAAUGAGUAUAUAAAAAAUAAAAAAAAAUACUUGUUUAAAUAU